AUGGCCACAAGAUGCUUUUUGGACAAAAGGACCACUCUGCUCUUGUGCUCUCUUCUGCUUCCCGCCUGCGUCAGAGCUUCCUCUGCAGGCGCCGUCGAUGAAAAACAGCUCACCGAGACUCCCACUUGGGCCGUUGCCCUCGUCUGUACCUUCUUCAUCCUUGUCUCCGUUCUCCUCGAGAAGGCUCUUCACAAAGUCGCCACGUGGUUGUGGGAGAAACAUAAGAACUCUCUGCUUGAAGCCUUGGAAAAAAUAAAGGCCGAGCUGAUGAUUCUAGGAUUCAUUUCCUUGUUACUUACCUUCGGAGAGCAUUACAUUGUCAAGAUUUGUAUCCCUGAAAAGGCUGCUGCAACUAUGCUACCUUGUCCUUUUCAUGACCAAGACAAGACCCACCGCAGACGUCUAGCUGCUGCCGCCAUCUCUUCCACCUGCAAGGAGGGACAUGAACCACUCAUACCUGCCAAGGGCUUGCACCAGCUGCACAUUCUAUUGUUCUUCUUGGCUGCUUUUCAUAUUCUCUACAGUUUCAUCACCAUGAUGCUCGGCAGGCUCAAGACCCGUGGCUGGAAAAAGUGGGAGCAGGAGACAUUCUCUCAUGAUUACGAGUUUUCAAUAGAUCCAUCAAGAUUCAGGCUCACUCAUGAGACGUCCUUUGUCAGACAACAUUCCAGUUUCUGGACAAAGAUCCCCUUCUUCUUUUAUGUUGGGUGCUUCCUACAGCAGUUCUUUCGAUCUGUUGGGAGAACCGACUACUUGACUCUGCGCCAUGGCUUCAUAGCUGCCCAUCUAGCUCCUGGAAGAAAGUUCGACUUCCAGAAAUACAUCAAAAGAUCAUUGGAAGACGAUUUCAAGGUGGUAGUUGGAAUAAGUCCACUCCUGUGGGCAUCGUUUGUGAUUUUCUUACUGCUGAAUGUUAAUGGCUGGGAGACAUUGUUUUGGGCGUCAAUCCUGCCUGUACUUAUCAUUUUAGCCGUCGGUACAAAGCUUCAAGCGAUCCUAACACGAAUGGCUCUGGAGAUCACGGAUAGACAUGCAGUUGUUCAAGGGAUACCUCUUGUGCAUGGUUCAGACAAAUACUUUUGGUUAAAUCGCCCUCAGCUGCUGCUCCAUCUUCUCCACUUCGCCUUGUUUCAGAAUGCUUUCCAGAUAACAUACUUCUUCUGGAUCUGGUAUUCCUUUGGGCUAAGAUCUUGCUUCCACAAGGAUUUCAAACUUGUCAUUGUAAAACUCUGUCUUGGCGUAGGAGCUUUGAUUUUGUGCAGCUACAUCACGCUUCCAUUGUACGCACUGGUUGCUCAGAUGGGUUCACACAUGAAGAAAACUGUGUUUGAUGAGCAAAUGGCAAAAGCGUUGAAGAAAUGGCACAUGGCAGUGAAGAAGAAGAAAGGCAAAGCGAGAAAGCCACCAACAGAGACCCUUGGUGGUUCUGGCAGUGUCAGUACCUCCUCUACUUCAGCUUUUUACGCCUCUGGAGCCACUCUACUCCGCUCCAAGACCACCGGUCAUUCGACAGCCUCUUACAUGAGUAAUUAUGAAGACCAAAACAUGUCUGAUCUUGAAGCUGAGCCGUUAUCUCCUGCACCUAUUGAGGGGCAUGCUAUCGUCAGGGUUGGAGAUCAGACCACAGAGAUGGAAUAUACUGGAGAUAUUAGUCCUGCAAACCAAUUCUCCUUUGUGACGCCUGUUCGUCCUAAUGAUAUAGAUUAA